AGGGGUUUACGUAGGUGAACGGGCCCAUCAUGCGGCAGCGGUAGGAGAUCCUCGCUUGGGGAAAGGAGGGACAGCUGGAGGAGUGGAUGAAUGAUGAUGGGAGCGGUUGGAUCGUGGAUAAUUCUGGGGAGGCCAGGCCCGGAAGGGGAGGGAGGCUUGAAAGAGGGAGCUAUAUCUGACAUGGAUAAAAAUAAAGAUAUAUCGACCUCGAUCCCGCAUUCCUAAUCAUCUCCAUCGUCAAGGUUUUUUUUCUGAGAGUAUAACAACAACCUGGAUUUACUUGACCAAUCCUCAUUAUCACCAUCAUCAUCGUCGUUAUUAGAAAAGAAAGAAUCAGAAAUGCCCAGCGCAAUCCUCCCACCACCAGCAAACGUCAAUAACAUGGACGACCUCACCUCCAAACUCAAAGGGCAUACCCUCCGUCUGCCCAACAUGCGGAAUCUCUUUCCCGGUUGGACCAAGGCCGUUAACCCUCUACUUGACGAGCUGACGCUUUGGUUCGAAGAGGAGAUGGCGAGGCUGUUUCCGGACGCCAAAGUUAGGGCGAAGAUUAGGAAGAGCGAUUUCCCAGGUUUUGUUUGCUUAACAUUCCCAACCUCCCCCCUCCCCCGCCUCCGCACCAUAACCCACUACGCCCUCUGGUCCUGUCUCUGGGACGACGAGAUGGAAUCCAGCAACACGCAAACGCUCGCCUACCGCGAGCUCGAAUACGUCCGCCACCUUCUCGGUUUUUCUUUUUUCCACCCAUCUAAACGGCACCAAAUAGUCCCACCACCUACCAAGCCAUCGCAGCUUUUUGCGGAACCUGCGAGAGCCGUAAAAGAAAGUUGGUCGGAACAACAGCUCAAGAGGUUCAUGGGUGAGAUGGAGCUGUAUAUUGGGGCUUGUGCGGUGGAGGAGAGGUAUACUGGUCGAAAGGGGGAGAUGACGUUGUUGCCGAGCGUGGAGGAGUAUACGGGGAAUAGACUGGGGAGUUCGAGUGGGGGGACGUAUUUUGCGCUUGCUGAGUUUAUGAUCGACGUCGAGAUCCCUCAGGAGAUUCAUGAUUUGGAGGAGAUGAGGACUAUUUGGGCGGAGUUGUGUCGGAGUGUUUCUUGGGUAAAUGAUUUGAUAUCUCUCAAGAAAGAAAUCAACUCAAGCCUCUACAGCCUCAUCCCCAUCACAAUGAACGAAACAGGUCAAGACCUGAACACCGUCGUCUCAGAAGUCCUCCAAGAACUCGAAAGGUCUCGCGAGCGGUUCGAGAGCGCGGCCGGAGACCUCUUGUUCAAGAUCAUGAAGGAGGACUCAAAAGUCCGCAACGAUGUGGAGAGGUUCAUUGAGAGUUGUACGAUCAUGACUACGGGGUAUACUGAGUGGGCGCUUCAAUCGGAUCGGUACGGUGUGAAGGAGUAUAUGCAGGAGGAUGGGUCGUUUUUGAUACCACUUUGAAAACCUCGGGCGGUUUAGGGGAAGAUGGUUUUAGACGGCGUUAUUGUUUCCUUUGCGGCAUAGCGGAUUUUUAUUUACUUUCCAUCAUCAACUUAGACACUCAAUACAGCGGGCGCAAGAACAACCAAGUUUCUGAA